GCGAUUCUACAACGGGCCUUGUUCUUUCCACAUCAAGUCCAAGACGCACUGUAAUUACCUAAUAGCCAAAAUCGGCCGAGAUAUCUUACGAAACCUGUGCUCUUUCGGAUAUUUAUAGACAUUUUCCGACACGACAGGAAGGCUUUUCCAGCCCGUCGCGAUGCUGUCCAGGCCAUCCACCACACGUUACAUCUGCCGAAGGUGUAACGACGUCGUCAAGAGGUCAAGGACAGCGGCGCGUUCAUAUGCAAGCAGCGCCGGAGCCAAGCCCGAUAUCUACGAUGUCGUCUGUGUAGGAGGUGGCCCAGCUGGGCUUAGUUUGUUGACUGCCCUCAGGGCAAAUCCAGCAACCGCCGGGCUUCGAAUCGCCCUCGUCGAGGCGCAAGAUCUCUCCAAGCUCCGAAACUGGAGCCUUCCUCCGAAUCGGUACUCAAACCGAUGCAGCUCCCUCACCCCCUCAUCCGCACACUUUCUCGACUCGAUAGGCGCAUGGUCACGCCUGGAUCGGCAGCGCGUGCAGGCAUACCAGGAGAUGCAGGUCUGGGACGGCGUCACGGGGGCCCGCAUAGAAUUCGAUUGGGCAGGGACGGCAGAGGCGGCGCGCGGCAACACCAUCGCCUACAUGGUGGAGAACCUCAACCUCACGUCGGGCUUGCUGCGGCGCCUCGAGGAGCUGGGCGGUGUUGACGUGUUUGACAAUGCGAGGGUCGAGGAUAUUGCGCUCGGCAAGGAUACAGAGGACAUGGACCUUUCCGAGUGGCCCGUCGUCAGCCUCGCGGGCGGCAGGCAGCUGUUUGCGAGGUUGCUGGUCGGCGCGGAUGGCGCCAACAGCCCCGUCAGGUCUUUUGCUGGCAUUGAUGCCAAGGGGUGGGACUAUGGCAGGCACGGAGUGGUGGCUACUCUAAGGCUCGAAGACGACGUCGCAGCACAUGACAGCAUGUACAGGGUUGCGUACCAACGUUUCUUGCCCUCGGGUCCGAUAGCCUCGCUCCCCAUGCCGGGUAACUACUCCACGUUGGUGUGGUCUACAACACCUGCAUACGCCGCACUCCUCAAGAGCCUCUCGCCAGCCGACUUCACCGCCAUGGUCAACGCCGCCUUCCGCCUGAGUCCCGUGGACCUCGAGUAUAUGCACACGAUACCCUCCGGACAAGCCGACGAGCUGGCCUGGCGCCUACAGCACGCCACCAUCGACGCCCCGCCGUCACCGCGAGCGCUGCCCGCCCCCGUGGUGGAGGUGCAGGAGGGCUCCGUCGCGUCGUUCCCGCUCCGCAUGCGGCACGCCGACACGUACAUUGGCGAGCGCGUGGCGCUGGUGGGCGACGCCGCGCACACGGUGCACCCGCUAGCCGGCCAGGGCUUGAAUGCGGGCCAGGGCGACGUCGAGAGCCUCUCGCGCACCAUCGCCGAGGCCGUGGCGCAUGGGCAGGACCUCGGCACCCGCAUGUCGCUCGAGCCGUACGAGGCGGAGCGGUACGUGGCCAACCACGUCAUCCUCGGCGUCUGCGACAAGCUGCACAAGCUCUACUCGGUCGGCAGCGGGCCGUUGGUGCCGCUGAGGUCAUUGGGGUUGAACGCGGUCAAUGCUGCGAAGCCGUUGAAGAACUUUUUCAUGAACCAGGCCGCGGGGAACGGAUUCAAGCUGUUUUGAGGGAGAAUGGAUCGGGGCUGGUGGAAUUUGAUACCUGGCCAGCUCUUGUACUAUCUUGUAAUGUAUAACCAAAAAAAAGCCACUGUAGACUCGGACCCUACAAAUAUGUCCUGGGGGCGUCAUGUACAGCUCACAUGCUAUAGAUAGAGAUGCUUCCAUGUAUUAUCAUCAAAAAAGCGAUAUUCCUGUGUCAAAUGUGUCAAAUUUCAUUCUAUAUCAUGUCCUAGGAAACGGG